UACUUAAUAAGUGCCUUAACACUACAUCAGCCAACUCUAUUUUUGGCACCCACAUUUUGUUAUUGUCCUCAACUUCAGCUAUUGAAUCUGUUCAGUUCUCUGUGGGUCACACUUACUCUUAACUUACUCUCACACAUAGGCUUACCAACACCUUCACAGAUUUACUGCAACAUGGAAACCAGCUUCCCGCGUGAUGAUUUCAUAAGCGCUCAAGAAGAAUCCAUUGUUGAAUAUGAAGACUUCGAUAGUACCAACCAAAUACGCGCUCAUUUAUCGAUUACCAUCAUCGCCUGCUUCGUCUCGUUCAUCGGUAAUACUUUAGUUAUUUUUGGCAUCUGGAAGACUUCUCUUUUACAUGAUGUGACGUGGCUAUACCAGGGUGUGGUAUGCUUUUCUGUGAUCCUACACACUGUUGCACUGCCCUUCGCGUACGUGUCUCACACGGAUCCCUUGAAUUGGCCGUUGGAGGGCGUAUAUUCAUGUCAGGCUGUUCACUUUUUCUCUGACUUCGGAAACGUAUUUAUGCGUUUGUCUUUGUUGGCAGCAUGUGGACUAAGGUGGCUUUCUCUGACAUCACUAAACAGCAUAACCAAGCGACGUCCGGUUCUAACGGUUAUGAUUUUGGUCACCAUCACAAUAGUAGUGUCAAUUAUAUCCAGUAUACCUUCUGUUAGAUUCGUCUUCCUAUACAAUAACGAGUUUGGACAUCGAGUCUGCCUUUUCAACGAUGUGCGUUCGGCAAAGUACAAGAUGUGGUUUACAUACCUCGCUAUAAUGACCUUGAUAUUCCCCUUACUGAUUAUGGUUUUGUCAAACACCCUUUUACUGAUUCGUGGAGAUAGACUUUACGCAAAGGACAGUAACCUACGCGUGCAAUUCCAUAAUCACGGCCUCUCAACUGACCAAACGACAAGGAGUCAGGCACUCGACCCGACUAUGCUCUCCUCAACCGUCUUAAAAAAUCCAAUGUCAGACGAAAAAGUAUUGAGUGAUUUAAAGGGAAAUCAAAUACUGCAGACACUAACGUCUGAUUCAUCGAUUGUUAAAGAUAAGAGUUAUUUGAUUGGACUUGAAGAUUUAAAGAACACACUUACAAUCCGUGAUCAGAAGAAGGCAACUUUGAUGCAAGUUACAAUGACCAUAUCAUUUGCAGUAUGCUUAGCACCAAUUGCUAUUGUUUGGGGUGUCUAUGUCAGUUCAGAUUUUACUAACAACAGUCCGGCACUUUUUCAUAGCUACCGCAUUGCUGGAUUGAUGGCGACUACAUUCCCAAUACAUAUUCCCAUAAUUUCAUUCUUAUUUUCUCGUCACCUGCGUGGGAAUGUAAUAGGUGUAAUAAGAGGAAUUUUCUUUAAAAUAUAAUUCACGGAAAAGUAAUGGAAAGUGAUUAUGAGUUUUUAAAACCAGUAUCUAGAAACAAAAUUUGUCGAUAUGACGUGCAAAUGGUGGGAAAAGUGUGGUUACUCCCUUUAUCCCCAGUUUUUAAAUAUUCAAAUAUAUGUAUCUCAUUAACCGUUUCCGAGAUUUUUGUCAAACACUAUUUUUUUUUUUUUUUUUUUUUGUCUCAGAAAAAGCAGUUGUACAACAUAUAACUUUUUUCACAACGGAGCAAUUUUGAUGAAUUAAUGCAAACGCUACGCCUGUCAGCACGCCUAAAUGGACCUUUCUGACCAAUCAGAAAAGUGCCAGGAAUACGCGCGUGUCCAACAAGCACACGUGUUGUCACACAAACACACAUGUUCGCGUAUAUUGCACCACUGGUCUCUAUAAUAAGCAAUUAGAAUACUUUCGUAUAGUACACUAGCGGAAAUAUAGGCCUAUUAUACGAAGUUUUGAUUGAUGCAGGAAAAAAAAUCGUGCAUCUGCGCGUCGUAGUGCUGGGUGAUAGCUGUAUGUGUGCUAGGUGAAUUUAUCAAGUUAAAUUGAUUUACAAGUUAAAUUGGUCUUUUGCGCACGAACCUAAAAAAAAUCAAGCAAACCGUGUAGUAGGCCUAUAUGAAAAAAUAGUGCGGUGAUGGGGAUAUGCAAAUAAAAUUGGGAGUUGCAGUGAUGACGUAACGAUUGACUUAUAAUAGCUAUUAUAAUAAAUAUCAGUGGUUUCAACACUGUCGUCUUGUGGGACUUAGCAGCAAUGGGGCGUUUUCGCUUCACGACGUUAACCUCAACGUUAACGGAUGACGUCAAAAUGUAUUCAUCUCGCGUUGCGGAGUACGUUAAUUUCAGGAUUGUAUGUGCUCGACGGAAGUUAGUUACGGGUUUGCGCAUACGUAUUUCGAUUCGUUUA